UCCCUAUCCUCAUCAUCUUCUUCUACUCUACCCCCCCCAUCAUCACUCGGGGCUUAGUCUUUGUUCUACUAUAAAGUCUUUCCAUCUAGAUCCUCCAUCCUCUGCUUCUUCUCUCUUUUUUUUUAUUUUUUUACCUUGGUCGUUAUACGACUCGGUCAUCCCCGUCCUUUUUUUACUCUGUUCCCCCAGGCCUGGUCUUUGUUCUAUUAGAAGGUCCUUGGUUUUCUGAUAGACUCCAACCAUCCUCUGCUUUUUGUCUUUUUAUUACUUUUAUCUUUCCUCGUUGUUGUACAACUUUUGUCAUCUCCAUCCUCUUCUAUUUUACCCCCCCCCCCUAUCCUCCGGCUUGGUCUUUGUUCUGAUAUCUCCCAUCCUUUGCUUCAUCUCUCUUUAUUGUACUCUUAUCUCUGAUCGUUUUUUCAACCCUGUCCUCCUUUUUAUUCCCACCCACUUCUAGCCAACCCUCCAUCACAAGUGUGCCAUCUUUGGUUUCUGUCUCCAUCCUACGUCUCCGGUCUCUGAUAAUAUCCUUUGCCUCGUCUUUCUUUUUGUUAUCCUCCCUUUCCACUUGAAACUUACGACUAAGUCAACCCUAUCUUCUACUACAUCUCACCCUACGUCUGGGCUUGGUCUCCUCUUCUGAUAUACUCCUUCCAUCCUUGGCUUCGUCUUUCUUUUUAUACUUCGUAUUCAUUGGUCAUUGUACAACUCCUAUACCUGUCCUCUUCUCUGUAUCUCCCAUCCUUCUACACACACCUUCCAAACCCUUCACCUACCUACGGUAACUUUCCCUCCCCCAUUGCGUCUUCUCCCGUCACUCACCUGUACUACAUCUCUACCUAUCUCCUACCUGGAGUAACUCCCCCGUUGGGUCUUUACCUGUCCUACCUAUACUAUAGCUCUACCUAUCUCCUACCUAGAGUAACUCCCCCUUUGGGUCUUUACCUGUCCUACCUAUACUAUAGCUCCACCUAUCUUCUACCUAGAGUAACUCCCCCUUUGGGUCUUUACCUGUCCUACCUAUACUAUAGCUCUACCUAGAGUAACCCCCCCCCCCCCCCCGGAGUCUCCUCCCACCCGUACUACAUCUCUACCUAUCUCCUACCUAGAGUAACUCCCCCUUUCAGUCUUUACCUGUCCUACAUAUCUACCUAUCGCCUACGUAGAGUAAUUCCCUCCACCCAGUCUUCUCUCCCCUGGACUACAUCUCUUUGGGUUCCUCCAGUUGGGGAUGAGUUUGGAGCAGUGACUGGUGAACACAGAUCCUACAGAACACAAGUCUUGAGGCCCGUUCCUAGGUUUGGAGUCUCCUGGUCGUUCGGUGGAGAUGAGACUAUCGAUGGUGCUGUCCCUGCUGCGGCCUGUCGGCCCUGUGGUGGUGGGCAUCUCCCUGGGCUUCACACUCAGCCUGCUAAGCGUCACCUGGGUGGAGGAGCCUUGCGGAAGUGGCCCUCGGGUCCCCGGCAGCCCCGGGGUGUCCUCUGACUCGAGGGGUGAUGUGAGCGUCGUCAGGAAGCCCAAUUCGGUUCCAGCCGGCAUGGACAACAACGAGAAUUUUGACCCAAAGAUCAUCCCGUACAUUCCGCCAGACCCUUCUAAAGUUCAGAAGAAACCCGUCCGAUCUCGUUAUAUAAGCACAGAACUUGGAAUAAGAGAUCGGCUAUUUGUUGGGGUCCUGACCUCCAAGACCACCCUGAACACCCUGGCAGUUGCUGUCAAUCGGACCCUUGGCCACAGGUUUGAGAAGCUGGUGUACUUCACAGGUAUGCGAGGCCGGAAACUGCCCCAUGGGAUGACUGUGGUGACUCAUGGGGAUGACCGACCCAUCUGGAACAUGUACCAAACAAUGAAGCAUCUUCUGGAUCACCAUAUUCAGGAGUAUGAUUGGUUCUACCUGGUACAGGAUGACACCUACACCGAGGCCCACAGAAUCUCCCGUCUGGCCGCUCACCUCAGCAUUGAUGCAGAUUUGUACCUGGGACGACCAGAGGAGUUCAUUGGAGGAGACACUGAGGGACGUUACUGCUAUGGCGGGUUUGGUUACUUGCUGUCUCGAAGUCUCCUGAAGAAGCUUCAGCCCCACCUUGAGAGCUGCCGCAAUGAUAUCCUGAGUGCCAGGCCUGACGAGUGGCUGGGACGGUGCAUCAUUGACUAUACCCAUGUCAACUGCGUGGAGGAACACGAGGGGGUGCGAUACCGUUACUUUGAACUUGGAAAGAACGCAGACCCUGAAAGAGAGAACGACCCCCGCUUCAAGAACGCAUUCACAGCCCACCCUGUUCUGGACCCAGUACAGAUGUAUCGCCUCCACAAGCACUUUGCACAGCUUGAGCUGGAGAGGACUUACCUGGAGAUCGAGCAGUUGCAGAGAGAGAUACAGAACACCAGCAGCCUGUCUGCGGAAGGAGAACAGUCCGCCACCUGGCCCCUUGGGAUCAAUGCCCCAUUCCAGCCCCGCACGCGUUUCGAGGUCCUGCGCUGGGAUUACUUCACAGAAGACCAGACUUUCUCUUGUAUCGAUGACUCUCCCAAGUGUGAGCUGAUCGGUGCAGACCUCGCCGAUGUCACCGACGUCAUCAGCACAGCUGUCGACGAGCUGAACCGCAAGUACCAGCCGGUGCUGCACGUGCGCAAGCAGCAGCUCCUGAACGGUUACCGCCGUUUCGAUCCAACGCGCGGCAUGGAGUACACACUGGACCUACAGCUGGAGCUGGUGACACAGAAGGGCCACAGCCGUUCCAUCACCAAGAGGGUCCACCUGGUACGUCCUCUGAGCGAGGUGGAAAUCAUCCCCAUGCCGUAUGUGACCGAAGCCAGUCGUAUCAACAUCAUCCUCCCCCUGACCGCCCAAGACCGAGAACACGCUGGGGCCUUCCUUAAGGCCUUCACAGACAUCCAGGGCAAUGAAAAUUCCCUGCUUACACUCUUGUUCAUCUAUGACCCCUUCCAAGCCCAGCAGGUCAUCCAAAAUGACAUUUUCAGCCAAGUCAAAACCCAAAUCGCAGAGUACGAGCGCAAAUACCGUGACAUAAAAAUCCCCUGGAUCAGCGUGAAGACCGACGCGCCUUCCCAAAUCCGGCUAAUGGACAUCAUCUCCAAAAAGCACCCCGUGGAUACGCUAUUCUUCCUGGCCGGCGUCGGGAGCCACGUCAGCACCGAGUUCCUCAACCGCUGUCGCAUGAACACCAUCAACAACUGGCAGGUCUUCUUCCCCAUCCACUUCCAAGGUUACAACCCCGAGGUGUCCGAACAUGGGCAGCAGUCUCCCUCAGGCACCCUCGAACUGGUGCGUGAUGCCGGCCGAUUUGACAGGGACGUCUUCGAUGAGGCUUGCUUCUACAACGCCGACUACAUGGCAGCACGCACCAAAAUGGCAGCCGACGCUCAGGAGAACGAGGAAAUUGUGGAGAUGCUCGACAUUUUUGAGAUGUUUAUCCGUUACUCGGGGCUCCACGUCUUCCGGGCAGUGGAGCCAGCCCUGCUUCAAACCUACCGCACACGUUCUUGUAACCCACGCCUCAGCGAGGAAAUUUACCAUCGGUGCGUGCAGAGCAAUUUAGAAGGACUGGGCUCCCGUUCCCAGCUGGCUAUGCUUCUAUUUGAGCAGGAACAAGGGAACAGCACCUGACCAGAGCCUUAAAACGGUCAGCUUCUGGCCUUCAUUGUGGUUGGUGGGGCCUUUAGAGACCUCGGACUGCAUUCUACAUACCAGGACACUGAUGUAGGUGCCAGAAACUGAACUUUACCGGUACCUCCGGCCUCAUUCCAGCACCAAGUGUGUGCUUCACCUUGAAAGGAGACUAUAAACUUGAAAAACUGUUACCGUUGGACGUAAGGGGACCCCUCCCCUUUAACAUGGACCGCCGACAGUGUUGUGUUUUUUGUGUUUUUUAUUUUUUUUGUGCUUGUGCAGCACCCCACUCUGCAAUAAUCGCUGAACUCGCAACGAUUUUGUUGACGUUACUUCUUCCUAGAGAGUGGAAGGGCUCCUCCUUCACGGUUCCUCAUCCAAAGAACGCUUGAACAAACAUCCCAAUUGGUCAUUUUUUUGUUUUUUUGUCAUGAACUUUUUAAUUUAACUCUGUGGUCCAUUGGUUUUUACGGGAUAGAUUUUAUUUUAUAUAGUUGAGCAGAAAUAAUAAACUUUUUGUUGCCCCAGUGCUGUAAAGUAUGUAGCACCAUCUCUGUCUGUAGAGUACGUACAAGAGUCCUUUGCUUUUUCUUCAAUUCGUGCUUUAUAUGGAGAGACAAGGACUUCGCUGCUUCAGGGGGCUCAAAAACAAUGUCCUCAAAUGUCAUCUGUUCUCUUGUACAAAUGGUUCACCUUUUUUCUAACUUUUUAGCCUUUUAGAUUUUGAGUUGGUUUCUUUUACGUCUUUUCGUAUCCACAUAAGUCAUUUCACGUCCACAGAUGUCCUACACAAGUUGGGUUGGAUAGCAGCAGGUUUCUUAUCUAUGCUCAUUGUAAAUUGAGAAGCUGACUCCCCAAUUGUCUGUUUUUACUGGUGGUCUCUUCACCCUCAUUCAACUCCAAACUGGCAGUCUCAAGUAUAAAGCUUCAUCGACCAUAAAAACCCAACUCUGCCCCAAUGUCCUCCGCUGUAUCCGUCUCGGCCUGGGGUGCGCGCCACCUUCAGGAUUCGUUACUUCUCAAACAAACUCGCCUAGUAAAAGCGUGAAGCUGCACACUGACAACUUUAUUGAUCCAGCAGAAAUGAGGACACUCAAUCCACGCCUCCCUUUAACUCAUUUUACCCCCUGCUGGAGCUUUAACUGCAGAGCUCUAUGAUUAAGCCCCAGCAGGGGGUGAAACAUGUAGGCGUGGGGCGAAGUGUCCUCAUUUCUGCAGGAUCAAUAGAGGUUUUUAAGCUGCUCAGACUAGCGGUGUGCGGCCUCACGUGCGUACUACUCCAAAUAAACAUGUAUAUGAUUAGAUCCUAUCCGAUCAGCUUUUGUUUUUUACGGUUUGUGUCCCUAUUGGGAGGGGGGUUCUGUCGCAGGGACAGGUGUGGAGAUUUUUUUUGAUGCAGAAACAGCAGUCAAAAUUCUGAAGGAAGUCCUUUCCCCACUGAUUGGUGUCUGUCUUACCACUGGGAAAAUUCCCUUCACUUCCUGUUACAAUAACAAUGUUGUCACCAAAACAGGAAGUACUGUAAGCGGGUGGGAGAGCUCUAAGUAGCAAUAAAAAGCCAGCUCUACUGAAAGUGUUUUUUUUUUUUUUUUUUUUUUUUUUGCUGUAGUUUCCUUAUUCACACCUGUGAUUUUAGAUUUUUUUUUAUUUAUUUUUUUCACUCAAAGCAGAACGAAACUCACUGCAGCAACUUUUUAUUUUUAUUUUAUCCCAGCCCACUUAUACUUAUUUUUGGCACACAAUACAGUAAACCAUAACAACCAAUAAAACACUUUACUGAUGCGUGAGCAGUACAGGAUGGAUUUUGAUUGGCUGCUGUGAAUUCUGGUUUGCUCUCCUGGACUGAGCGGUUGUCACCCGUAUCAACCAAUCCGAUUCUGCCUGUUCUCCCCCCAUGUGGUGUUUUUCAGCCGUUAACUGCCCAAGCUGGAUGCUAUUGCUGUGUAUGACAUGCCAGUCCCUCAUCUGCAUUUCUCUAGUCCUAGAUGUGUUUUGUGUCUUCCCAGCUGUGUGUGUGUGACACAUGUUUUUAGUUUUGCCUUUCUCUACACUUGAAUCCAUCCUUGACGUUUGUUGCGUGCUGCAGUAAUUGGCCUCAUUGACGUUCCCUUGAGCGAUGCGGAGGCCCAUCUGAAACUGGCUGUAUUGAUCUUACACUGGGGACGAAGGAGGUGCCGGCCUGCCGAACUGCUUUCCUGAAGGAAACGAUUAUCCCGAAGAUUUUUGUUUUUUUUCUACUACAAAUCUGAUACGCCGCAGGCGCCUCUUGGAAGAAACUGUUUUUAUAUUAUAAAUCUAUUUAAUAUUUUGGGGUUUGUCAUUGAUUUAAAUAUACUACUUUAAUAAAAAUGCAACAAAUGGUUUA